AUGUCAACGUCACCUCGCAGCCACCCUCAGCAACGGCCAUACUACAAGCAAGAACAGCACCACGACUACCAAUACCGGCAUCCACCAUCGUCGCCUCACCAUCAUCAUCGAGCUAAGCGCCCGAGACCGUUGUCCCCGGGCCCAGAGACGCAAGACACGCCGCCGCCGUCCGCCUCAGCCUCGGCCAGUGUACCCUCACCCGUCAGCGAGGACGCUCAAGGUGCCAGCAGCAUCAAUGGGUCUAUUACCACCAUACCCGGCCAAAGCAGCAAUUUCCGCAACGUUAGCGCAUGCUCGAGAUGCCGCGCGCGCAAGAAUCGCUGUGACCAGAGGUUACCUAACUGUACGGGCUGCGAGAAGGCCGGCGUGGAUUGCAUUGGCUAUGAUCCCAUAACUAAGCGGGAGGUCCCACGAAGUUAUAUCUUCUUUCUCGAGAAUCGCGUCCUAUCACUAGAGACUUUGUUAGAAUCCAAAGGAAUCCCGUUCCCCAAGGCCGAUAAGCUCAGGCUGUAUAGUGGCGCAGCCGAUAGGCCAACUCCAUCGACACAACCGCUAAAUCAGGGUGUACAAACCGAUGCUUUGCCAGCAGCCCUUGACCAACGUCACAAAGCAGGAGGUUCAUGCUGUCAUACGAGCUGCCAAGUCCAACGCCAUGUAAAAGGUCCAGCAUCCCCCUCAACAGCGGAACCAGCAACGUCAAAUUACCGUUUUCAUGGCGCCAUAUCUGCGACAAACCCACCUGAGACUGCGCAACUGGCGCCAUCUCACUGGCGCGAGUUCUCAGAGCGGGAUGAACGAGCUGAAUUUUCCAGAUCUGUCGCCAAGAGGGAUCGCGAUGGCGGCGGAUCCAUGAGAGAGUCUUUCUUUGGGUUGCAUACCAAUUCGCUACGCCAUCCGGUGCGCCAGGCCGAGUUCCCAGGAAAAGAAGUAGGCCUUCGUUUGGUCGAGCUUUACUUUCAACAUGCUAACCCCCAGAUUCCCAUCCUACAUCGUGCCGAAUUCAUGGAAAUUUUUCAUCAAGCAUACACUGCUGAAGGAUCUGUGCGGGACCGCGAGCUGUGCUUGCUGCACAUGGUUUUUGCGAUUGGCAGCGCCCAGAGCCUGGGAGACUCGGCCGACCCGGACGAUGGCGAAAAGCAGUACCAGCCUGAAGAGUACUAUGCCAGCGCCAAGGAGCAUUUCCUGACAUGUUCAAGGAUCACAGGCAUACGUGCGGGGAACGAAACCGAGCGGCAUUUGACGGCCCUUGAAUACCUUCAAAUACAUCUGCUGAAAGCCAGUUUUGCUCUUCUAAGGCCUGUAUCCCCAGGACUGUGGUACAUCACUGGCGAGGCGAUGAGGUUGGCAGUCGAUCUCGGGCUACAUUUUGAGCAGGGCAACGAGCCUCAAUUCAGGGUCGAUAACGCUAGAAGACAAGGCGAUAGAGAGGCCGACCGGGAUAGGGGAACACGAGAGUACAUGCGUGACCGGCGGCGCAGGCUCUGGUGGUGUGCAUAUUCUCUUGAUCGGCUUAUAAGCAUUUGCGUCGGGCGGCCAUUGGGGGUUAGCGAUCAGGUCAUCACUACCCCGUUCCCGUCUCUGGCGGAUGACAGAUUCAUUACUCCACAAGGAAUCAUAAUACCGCCGUCGGGCGAAACGGCCGGGCCGAGCUACAAGUUUGUCGCUCAACAUUACUUCCGGCUGCGGUUGUUGCAGUCGGAAAUAGUGCAAGCGCUACAGAUACAGCAAGCUCAAGCGGCCUGCCAGCAGCGCAUGGACACCAAGAUGGCCUCCCCAUUCCCGGCCCAGUUCGCUUCGUUUCGUGAUUGGAGAAGAGACAUUGAAAAGCGUCUCGCUGACUGGAGGGAUAGUGCACCCACAAAGGAGCAAACCGGAGUCGACUUUUCCACCGAGUUCCUUGAGGUUAACUACUGGCAGGUCAUCAUCUUUCUCCUCAGACAGAGCCUACCUAUACCCAACGACUUCCGUAAAGAGUACCAUAUCUUCAAAGAGUUCAACAGCCCAAGCAUACACAAUGUUGAGCUUCGAGAAGAUCAAGAGGCCGUAUACGUCAAGGUUGCAGAAGCCGGGGCCAAGAUUUUGAAACUAUACAACCGUCUAAACCAGCGAGGAGUCGUGAACUAUACUUAUCUGGCCACGCACUACGUCUACAUGUCAGGAAUCUACUACCUCUAUGCAAUCUGGCACUCGGCUCAGGUCAGGAGCAAUACUUUGCUCGAUGAGAUAAACGAUACGAUUGCAAGAGGGCACACUGUUUUCACUGCUCUCAUCCCCAAAUGUCCCCCCGCCGAACGAUGCAGAGACGCAUUUGAUCGAAUGGCAAAAGCAACCGUCAAGAGGGCCAUGAUGCAGGGUGGUUUUGCACCAGCCCUCGUGCGGCAGGCGGAGAAUGAACGACAACAUCGCUUUCUACCAGAGGCUACUAGUCCAGCACAUAGCCCACAUGCACUUAAAAACGAGGAACGAUGGUCGACACGAACCUACAGCCCAACAAACCUCCAUCGGAUCGGGGAUGCAAGCAGUAACACACCUUACAGCCGCUCCCAUUAUCAAGAGGGCAGCUACAUCGCCACACUACCGUCGCCUCCAGGACACGCUUUGCGGCUACCACAGCCACGUUCGAUGCAUUGCGACGGCUUGAUGAAGCUCGAGAACGAGGCAUUUGGGCCUUCCAUGCAACAAUCAAGCAGUCUCGACGGAAGCCUGGGCUCAAUACGCCCGCACGACUCUCAAGGAGCCGGCGAGGACGUCAAAGCAGUCGCGACGGCUGCAGACGCUAUGGUGUCGACAUUUUUCUCCCAGCAACAGACGCGGAGACACUCAGCUUCAUCUCCCACCGGGGCGCCGAAUCUACCGCCCCCACCCACGCAUCUAUUGAGACCGCACUCUGGAUUGCCCAACGGAAUGGAAGUGUUGAUUGCUACGCCACAGAUCCAGCUUCAGCCACAACACCAUCAUCGCCACCAUCACCACCUUCCUCCAACGCCCAACAGUUAUCAGCCGGGAAUGAUGAACUGUGAGGAGCCGCAGGGAAUGGACUUCAUGCAGAGCCUUAUGGCAGUGGCACCCCCCGGUAGCGAUCCCUUCAUGGAUCUCCAGAUGAACUUUGGCUUUGGUGCCGGCUGGGGAGGCCAGUAUCAAGACUUUAGCGAUGGAUCACAGGUAGACCUUCUUGGAGGUUUCUGGGCCGAUAGACAGCAGGGUGGUUUUGCCGGUGGUGGGGGACUUUAA